GGCGCACGUCAGCGGCGGCGCGCGCCUGGCUGGGCCCUGCGGAGCGGGAGGGAAGGAGCGAAGGAGCAAGCGGAGCGGCCGUCGCCCAAGCCGAGACGCGCUGCCAGCCCUCCCGCCUGCCCGCCCGCGCUCCUGUCCGCCGUGUCUAGCAGCGGGGCCCAGCAUGGUCAUGGCGGAUGGCCCGAGGCACUUGCAGCGCGGGCCGGUCCGGGUGGGGUUCUACGACAUCGAGGGCACGCUGGGCAAGGGCAACUUCGCCGUGGUGAAGCUGGCGCGGCACCGGAUCACCAAGACGGAGGUGGCAAUAAAAAUAAUCGAUAAGUCUCAGCUGGAUGCAGUGAACCUUGAGAAAAUCUACCGAGAAGUACAAAUAAUGAAACUGUUAGACCACCCUCACAUCAUCAAACUUUAUCAGGUAAUGGAGACCAAAAGUAUGUUGUACCUUGUGACAGAAUAUGCCAAAAAUGGAGAAAUAUUUGACUAUCUUGCUAAUCAUGGCCGGCUAAAUGAGUCUGAAGCCAGGAGAAAAUUCUGGCAAAUCCUGUCUGCUGUUGAUUAUUGUCAUGGUCGGAAGGUUGUGCACCGUGACCUCAAAGCUGAAAAUCUCCUGCUGGAUAACAACAUGAAUAUCAAAAUAGCAGAUUUCGGUUUUGGAAAUUUCUUUAAAACUGGUGAACUGCUGGCAACAUGGUGUGGCAGCCCCCCUUAUGCAGCCCCAGAAGUCUUUGAAGGGCAGCAGUAUGAAGGACCACAGCUGGACAUCUGGAGUAUGGGAGUUGUUCUUUAUGUCCUUGUCUGUGGAGCUCUGCCCUUUGAUGGACCAACGCUUCCAAUUUUGAGGCAGAGGGUUCUGGAAGGAAGAUUUCGGAUUCCAUAUUUCAUGUCAGAAGAUUGCGAGCACCUUAUUCGAAGGAUGUUGGUCCUAGAUCCAUCCAAACGGCUAACCAUAGCUCAAAUCAAGGAGCAUAAAUGGAUGCUCAUAGAAGUUCCUGUCCAGAGACCUGUUCUCUAUCCACAAGAGCAAGAAAAUGAGCCAUCCAUCGGGGAGUUUAAUGAGCAGGUUCUGCGAUUGAUGCACAGCCUUGGAAUAGAUCAGCAGAAAACCAUUGAGUCUUUGCAGAACAAGAGCUAUAACCACUUUGCUGCCAUUUAUUUCUUGUUGGUGGAGCGCCUGAAAUCACAUAGGAGCAGUUUCCCAGUGGAGCAGAGACUUGAUGGCCGCCAGCGCCGGCCUAGCACCAUUGCUGAGCAAACAGUUGCCAAGGCACAGACUGUGGGGCUCCCAGUGACCAUGCAUUCACCCAACAUGAGGCUGCUGCGAUCUACCCUCCUCCCCCAGGCAUCCAACGUGGAGGCCUUUUCAUUUCCAGCAUCUGGCUGUCAGGCGGAAGCAGCAUUCAUGGAAGAAGAGUGUGUGGACACCCCAAAGGUAAAUGGCUGUCUGCUUGACCCUGUGCCUCCUGUCCUGGUACGGAAGGGAUGCCAGUCACUGCCCAGCAACAUGAUGGAGACCUCCAUUGACGAAGGGCUGGAGACAGAAGGAGAGGCCGAGGAAGACCCCACUCAUGCCUUCGAGGCAUUUCAGUCCACGCGCAGUGGGCAGAGACGGCAUACUCUGUCAGAAGUGACCAAUCAACUGGUCGUGAUGCCUGGGGCAGGGAAAAUUUUCUCCAUGAACGACAGCCCCUCCCUUGACAGUGUGGACUCUGAGUAUGAUAUGGGAUCUGUUCAGACGGACCUGAACUUCCCGGAGGAUAACCCUUCCCUUAAGGACAUCAUGUUAGCCAAUCAGUCCUCACCCCGCAUGACAUCUCCCUUCAUAAGCCUGAGACCUACCAACCCAGCCAUGCAGGCUCUGAGCUCCCAGAAACGAGAGGUCCACAACAGGUCUCCAGUGAGCUUCAGAGAGGGCCGCAGAGCAUCAGAUACCUCCCUCACCCAAGGAAUUGUAGCAUUUAGACAACAUCUUCAGAAUCUGGCUAGAACCAAAGGAAUUCUAGAGUUGAACAAAGUGCAGCUGCUGUAUGAACAAAUAGGACCAGAGGCAGACCCUAACCUGGCACCAGCAGCUCCUCAGCUCCAGGACCUUGCUAGCAGCUGCCCUCAGGAGGAAGUUUCUCAGCAGCAGGAAAGCGUCUCCACUCUCCCUGCCAGCGUACAUCCUCAGCUGUCCCCACGGCAGAGCCUGGAGACCCAGUUCCUGCAGCACAGACUCCAGAAGCCCGGCCUUCUGUCAAAGGCGCAGAACACCUGUCAGCUUUAUUGCAAAGAACCACCACGGAGCCUUGAGCAGCAGCUGCAGGAACACAGGCUCCAGCAGAAGCGACUCUUUCUCCAGAAGCAGUCUCAACUGCAGGCAUAUUUUAAUCAGAUGCAGAUAGCAGAGAGCUCCUACCCACAGCCAAGUCAGCAGCUGCCCCUUCCCCGCCAGGAGACUCCACCGCCUUCUCAGCAGGCCCCACCAUUCAGCCUGAGCCCGGUCCUGGAGCCUUCCUCUGAGCAGAUGCAAUACAGCCCUUUCCUCAGCCAGUACCAGGAGAUGCAACUUCAGCCUCUGCCCUCCACUUCAGGUCCCCGGGCUGCUCCUCCGCUGCCCACACAGCUACAGCAGCAGCAGCCACCACCGCCACCACCACCGCCACCACCACGACAGCCAGGAGCCGCCCCAGCCCCCUUACAGUUCUCCUAUCAGACUUGCGAGCUGCCAAGCGCUGCUUCCCCUGCGCCAGACUAUCCCGCUCCCUGUCAGUAUCCUGUGGAUGGAGCCCAGCAGAGCGACCUCACGGGGCCAGACUGUCCCAGAAGCCCAGGACUGCAAGAGGCCCCCUCCAGCUACAACCCACUAGCCCUCUCUGAGAUACCUGGACUCUUUGAUUGUGAAAUGCUAGAUGCUGUGGAUCCACAACACAACGGGUAUGUCCUGGUGAAUUAGUCUCAGCACAGGAAGUGAGGUGGGUCAGGUGACGGAAGAGUGUAUGUUUCUAUUUUUAUUCCAGCCUUUUCAAUUUAAAGCUUAUUUUCUUGCCCUCUCCCUAACGGGAGAAAUCAAGUCACCCAAUGGAAUCAGAGGGCCUGGCUGGGGUGGAUGUUGCUUCCUCCUGGUUCUGCCCCACCACAAAGUUUUCUGUGGCAAGUGCUGGAACAUAGUUGUAGGCUGAGGUUCAUGCCCUAAUGUCAAGUGGAGCAAGCUCUCAAGGGAGGCACUGUUCCUAAGAAGACAUUCAGACCCAGGUUUUAUGCCGGAUCACAUCAGUUUAUCAUCAAGGGCAACCUUGGUGAAAGCAGAAAAGGUGUGUGCUAUGGCAUAUAUAUGGGGGAAAAAUGGCAAUAUAUUUUUCACUGAAGGUGAGCAACAACAUACUACUAUAAGGCAAAUCAAGAAGACAUCAGGAGAUCGGGUGCACAAGGAAUCAAGGAAAGCUGUGCUUCGUCAUUGAAUCCCGAGUUCUUACCUGCUGAUGCAAGUUCUCACCCAAGGCCAUCACAAACCAGUGGAUCGGAGCCACUAAAUAACAGCUGGUACCCGAGACCACCUUCAUGUCCAUUCAGGAGCAGGUGACACACCUCUAAAGAAGGUGCCCUGGGUUGCCGAGUAUCAGAAUAUACUCAGGACUCCAAAGGUGUCACCCGUGGAACUGACAGGAAACCCACCACAGUGGAGGCAGGGGGCAAGAAACUCAAGAAAGCAUCAAGAGCACCAGCCCUGGGCCAGGGAAGACGGGCUCUUCCUGCAGUCUCUCUUGGACACUGCUGGCUUGGGGGCAGUCGGUCUCCAGGAUACCUGUUGUCUCUUUUCCGAUGUAGUAACUACUUUGACCUUACACUAUAUGUUGCUAGUAGUUUAUUAAGCUUUGUGUAUUUGGACAGUUUCAUAUAGGGCUUCGAGAUUUUAAGGACACGAAAAAUGAACUUUUACGUCCCAUGUGAAGUGGUAGUGCUGUGCCUUUCCCCCAGAUCAUGCUUUAAUUCUUUCUUUUCUGUAGAAACCAACAGUUUUCCAUUUAUGUCAAUGCUAAAUCCAAAGUCACUUCAGAGUUUGUUUUCCACCAUGUGGGAAUCAGCAUUCUUAAUUUCCUUAAAGUUUUGACUUGUAAUGAAA